AUGGCGAUUGAGACAUCGAUAUUGCAAUUUUUGGGCUUGGUGAUCAAUGGCUUCCAUCGAUGGGUGAAUUCGCACGGGCGUACGAUUAAGGAGCGUCGGCAUCAUGACAAGUGUUCGGUCACGGUGCUGGCUGCGAAAUUGAUCCACAGUGGCAAGGACUACAUGCUCAAUGGAUUCACCACAGCGGAUAAAGCCAGCAUCUACAAGGUUUUGAGGGAGCGAUGGAUGGAUGUUGGAAUGGUGGAUUCAGUUGUGUUGGCGAGACACAACAAGAUGCUGUCUAUCCUCUUUAUUCAGCCGAGGAGUGCGAUGCUGGAAACGGCAGACAGACUGGCGGCUGGUUAUGACAAGGAGCUAGAGAAGGCUGAAGCGUUAUUGCAGAACAUACAAACCUAUGGUGUAUGGGCAGUGAUGGUCUACCAUCUUUUUAGACUGCCGGAUCAGCAGGUGCAGGAUGAGGCCGAGCUUACGACUGAGCAGAUGUUUGGUUGGGAACAGCAAGGAGGUCAACAGCCACAGAUGGCAGAUGCAGGGGGCAGUGACCAUGCUCUGGCGGAACGGCUGGCUAAGGCGCUAGAUGGGUUGAUGAAACAUUUAGCAAAGAUGGGGGUGGUGGCGGCUGGAACCUCAAUACAGGUCUUUAAGGUGGUUGACGAGGCUGCGCAGAUUAUGCGAGCCCAGUUGUUAAAAGAAACGACGCAGACUACGCGUGAGGGUGUCCUUAAUGGCUACAUGUUAGAGUGCUUUUUGAACCCCCACGCGUCAUUCUUCAUUGGGUUGAUGCGUACUGAACCACUGAAUGGAAAGACGGUGAUUACGAAUCUACGGGUGAUCCAUGACUCAAUGGAUGUGUUCAUUCACACAGGUCUGGCGCAGGUGUUAGAGUACUUGCGUCAGGAGCGUAUUCAUGCUGAUGGGCCGGCUACGAAAGGAGCUCCGGCGGUGUAG